AAAGCAGGGGCAGAGAGGAUCAAGUGCUUUUAUGACCACAGAGAAGUUAAAGUUGAGGAAUUUAAGAGACCAGACAUUGAAGAAGGCUGCAAAGAACAGAAAGAGCACCCACAACGUUUCCUUUUUUACUACAUUUACCAUGUUGGUAGAAGACAUGCAAAACUCUAUCAACCAGCUGUUAUAGGCAUUGCUCUCCAAUACAAUCAAAUCACUACCGAAUGUUGUUCAGCAGAAGAAAAAGUUCCGUGCUUUUUUGAACGGAUGACUCAGGUAAAAAAAUUAACACACUAUCUUGAAGAUAAACAUAAACAGAAAUGUCGUAUUCUUGCAGACUUCCCAGAAAAAGUUUUUGCAGACCUAAUACGAGUUCAAGUCGCCCAAAAAUUUGGUAAGGCAGAAUUUGAAGAUAUGAAUAAAGACUGUUGCACUGGUAAUUCUAUCGAAUGUAUGUUUGAAAGGAUGGACGCAACGGAACAUAUUUGUGAAGCUAAGGAGAAAUUAUCAAGCAAACUAGAAGAAUGUUGUGCUAAAGAUAUUCUAGAUCGAACACCCUGUAUUAUUGCCCUACCAAAUGAUGAAUCUAACUUGUCCAAAGAACUGAAAAAAUACUAUGAAGAUGAUGAUGUGUGUGAAGACUAUCAAAAAGAUAAGACACACUACCUCCUCCACUUUGCACAUGAUUAUUCCAGAAGUCACCAGGAAUCAGCACCUCAAUCUUGUCUACGAGUUGCUAAAGGAUAUGAAGGGCUACUUGAACAGUGCUGUGCUAGUGCAAACCAUGCUGAGUGUCUCAAAGAAGCGCCUAAAUUGUUAGAAGCUGCAUUGACGGCAAAUGAAGAGUUAACAAAACAGAACUGUGGUGGCUUGGAGAAACUCGGGUUAAAUGAUUUUUAUGUUAUGCUGGCUGUAAAAUACUUUGGAAAGAUGCCUCAGGUAUCAGCCCCAACACUUGCUGACUUAACUGGUAGAAUGACCAAGAUUGGUGUCUACUGCUGUGGCAUGGCUGACAACAAGAAGCAAAUCUGCGCUGAAGAAAAGUUGGAUAUUCUUUUGGGAGAGAUGUGUGAAAAGGAAAAAACUGCAGUCAUAAAUGAUAACGUUCACAAAUGUUGCAUCAACUCGUAUGCUGAUAGAAGACCAUGCUUCAUGAAAAUGGAACCUUAUCCUAAAUAUGUAGCAGAAAAAUGGGAUGAAAGUCAGCUCCACUUUUCUGCUGACUUGUGUGAGGGUUCAGCAGAUGACCAGCUAAGGAAAAAAAUUACAUUGUUGUUGGAAUUCAUGAAAAUGAAGCCUGACUGUGGAAGUGAAAAACUUAAAGAGGUUAUUGAAGCCUUUAGAAAAGUUUGUCAAAAAUGCUGCUCAGCAGACGAACACCAGUCAUGCUUUGAUAGCGAGGUAUGUAAUGUGAAUGCUGUGCAAUGUAUAUAA